GGAUUUGAGGGCAGAGAAAAUAAUAAUUUUGAUCUCUUCAUCCGACGAGACGGGAUAGGUUCGCCUAUAAAAAUGGUUCCAACCUAACAAUAUCUCCGCCGGCCGAGCUGAUGUGAAUCCUCAGCUGUUGGUGGCUGAGUUGUUGCAGUUCGAUAAACCUCAAAAAAACCCACGACGAUGCUCCGGCACGGACCGAAAAUGGUGGCAGUGCUUCUCAGAAACCCUCUCGCCUUUGAAUCCUGCCGCCCUCUGUCUGCUCUCUCAUCCAAUCUCCACGAUAUCCGUCGAAUCAAUUCCAAUCGGGUCCCGCAAACUCUGUGUAGAUUCAAAUUUCCAUUAGGCCGCUUCCAAACUCCAAUGCUGGGAGCUUGUUCUAGGGUUUGGGGAUCUGUUUAUUCCAGAUUAGAGCGUGAGAGAUUUGAUUUCGUUAUGCUUCAGGCGGUUGCGGAUGGGGGUUCUGGAGGCGACGAUGGGUUUAAGGGUUCUGGAGAUGGUGGUAAUGGCGGCGGGGGCGGGGAGGAAAACGGGGGGAAUGGUUGGCCCUUUUUAUCAUGGUACCUAACAGCUCUUAAUAAGCACCCAGUGGUAACAAAGGCUUUGACAUCUGCAUUUCUUACUCUUAUUGGGGAUUUAUCAUGCCAGAGGGAGGGUGGUGGGGGACUACAUGAUCGGCCGACAGAAUGGCUCUGGAUCUAUCUGGGUGUGUGGCUAGCGUGGCAUCGUGUGAACGGCGCAGAGGUGGCGGUGAAAGAGAUCGUCAUGGAGAAGCUCAGUAAGAAGCUACGUGAAAGCCUCCUUUCAGAGAUUGUAAUUAAUCUUCAAGCACAUUGAACAUCCCAAUGUCGAUAUGCCAGAAUGCUCGUCUGAUAUGCCAUGCGAAUACAAAGUGCAAUAUGUUGAUGGGACCUCCUACAAAACCUAAUCCUUUACGGAUUUUAUAGGACAUUCCAUCAAUAUAUUGCACUUUGUAUUUGCAUGGCAUAUCAAACGAGAAUUCUAGCAUAUCAUACAAUUGUUUCUUUGUUCUUCUUUGGCAUAAAAUCAAGGCACCGCCUAACAUGGUCAUCUAUAAUAAUUUAAGGCCUCAU